AUGAAAGGUGUGGCAGCGAAAAACCAGCCUAUACGCGAUUUAUGUGGAACCACUCUCGGCUGCACAGCAAUGGCAACUGUAAACGUAGGAAGAUAUGGUCUAGCCACAAUCGACUUUCGCGAUGUGGUCAACUUUGGCGAAGAAGUUGGUUCGGCUGUAGUCGACGUAGUAGUCGUAGUGCUGGUAGUAGUGGUUGUGGUGGUGGUAGAAGUGGUACUGCUCGACAUGGAAGUAGUACUUCUAUAA